AAGGGAAACAUGUGAGUGCACUGGAGAGCAUGCAACAGACAACUUAGUGCAACUUUUGAUCAAACGCAUCAACCUUUGUGCACCAACGGGAUUUAACUUUUGGGAAAGGAGACGUACAAUUUGUGUAUAUAGUCCGAUCACUUCUUGUUUUUUAUUUUUAUUUUUGAAUUUCUUAUUAAAACACAGUAUCAUGUUUUUGUACACUUUAACAACAUCAUAACCAGCACUUGUCUUAAUUUAUUAUCGUAAUUUCUUUCUCUUUUUUUCGUUCUUUUUUUUUUUUUAAAUACCUUUACUAUUAUUUAAUUCAGACUGCUUUGCUUUCAUCAAAAUUAGUAAUUCUAUAACAACUUUCUGGACGCGUGGGGACUGUCAUACAAGCAGUCCUGAUUUCUGAGCAGUCGCGUGUUCCGCUUUUGGUUUAAUCCCUCUGAAAAUGAUGCAUUUGAAAUUUGUGCUCUUGUUGGCCAUCGCGGCCAAUUUUUGGGAAUGUAGUGAUGCGAAAUUCGGCGAGAAGGGAGAAUUAAGUCCAAGGAGGAGGAGAUGUUACGAUGGAAGUCUGCCGAAGCGCCUGAAGAAGAAGGAGAGAAAACUGUCACUGGAGGGAAGCGGCGGAGGGGAGGUUUGUCACAGGCUCUAUCCUCGCGUGUCCUGCUGUCCGUCCAGAAGAGCUCCGUAUCAGAUCCUCCAUCGGAGAGAUGCUCGGAUCUUCUCAACCAAUAACACAGAGUGUUCUAGACUGCUGGAGGAGAUUAAGUGUGCCCAUUGCUCACCACAUGCCCAGAUGCUCUUCCACUCGCGCAAACUUGAAAAGGCACCACACAGAGAACAAGAUCUACCCCGCUUAUGUUACGACUACUGCCAAGAGUUCUACUACACCUGCCGAGGACACGUACCAGAACUGUUCCAAGCCGACGUGGAUGAGUUCUGCCAGUACUAUGGAAGGAAGGACGGAGGCCUGUGCUUUCCAGAUUUUCACAGAAAGCAACUGCGCAGAGAUUCCAACUACCUGUUAGAUGAAAAAAUAGAAGUGAUUAACAGAAAACAUAAACACAACUGCUACUGCACUCAGGAGAUCCUUAGUGGUCUUCGACAGCCUAUUGGUGUGGUGCAUUGUGGGGAUGGAUCACAGCGGCUUUUUAUUUUGGAGAAGGAAGGCUUUGUCCGUAUCCUAACACAUGACAUGGAGCUCCUAAAAGAGCCUUUUCUGGACAUUCAUAAGCUUGUCCAAAGUGGCAUAAAGGGAGGAGAUGAAAGGGGCUUGCUAAGCCUUGCAUUCCACCCCAAUUAUAAGAAAAAUGGAAAGCUCUACGUCUCCUACACAACCAACCAAGAGCGCUGGGCUAUCGGACCACACGACCACAUUCUUCGUGUAGUCGAGUACACUGUGUCCAGGAAAAACCCAAACCAGGUGGACACAAGGACCACUCGGGUUUUAAUGGAAGUAGCUGAGCUCCACCGAAAGCAUCUGGGAGGGCAGCUCCUCUUUGGCCCUGAUGGGCUUCUGCACAUCUUUUUAGGUGAUGGCAUGAUCACUUUGGAUGAUAUGGAGGAAAUGGAUGGUCUGAGUGAUUUCACAGGAUCUGUUCUUCGGGUGGAUGUGGAUACUGAUUGCUGUAGUACUCCUUACUCUAUACCCAAAAACAACCCCUAUUUCAACAGCACAAAUCAGCCCCCUGAAAUCUUCGCCCAUGGACUACAUGACCCAGGGAGGUGUGCGGUGGAUAAGCUCCGCAUGGACACCAAUGGGAGUCUGCUGAUCCUGUGCACAGAUACUGUUGGCAAAAAUACGACAACAGGCAGGAUCCUACAGGUCAUCAAAGGGAAAGACUACGAAAAUGAACCAUCUAUGUUUGAUUUGGGGUUAAAUGAAGGUGCUGUCCCAGUUGGUGGAUUCAUCUACCGGGGAUGCCAGUCAAGAAGACUUUAUGGAAGUUAUGUAUUUGGAGACAAAAAUGGGAACUUCAGAAUUCUGCAGAGGCCUUCAGAAAACAGGCCGUGGCAAGAGAAGCCUCUUUGUCUUGGUACUAGCAGUUCCUGUGGUUCCUCGCUGGUCGGCCACAUCCUGGGGUUUGGCGAAGAUGAAUUAGGUGAGGUCUACAUCCUCGCUUCCAGCAAAAGCACAGCGAUUCAGUCGGACAACGGAAAACUCUACAAGUUGGUGGACCCUAAAAGGCCACAGGUCCCUAAGGAGUGCAGACGGCCAGUAGAAGAUCCAGAGAUGCUAAGCACCGCUUGCUCCCGUGAAUGCAAGAACGGCCACUGUACACCAACCGGCAAGUGCUGCUGCAGUUCUGGCUGGGAUGGCCCCUUCUGCUUACGAGCCAAAUGUGAACCGGCAUGUCGCAAUGGUGGGGUCUGCGUGGAACCCAACAAGUGUCUCUGCAAGGAAGGUUUCUCUGGCAGCCAGUGCGAGAAAGGAGAACGAGGGACACGAGGGGACGGCGAGAAAGACAGCAUUCUGGAGCACAUCAUUGACAUGACGUCUUACUUGCUGGACCUCACCAGUUAUAUUGUAUAAAAAGCAGGGCGGGAUGAUAAUGCGCUCUUUACCGGUUGGCAGACUAAACGUUAAGGAGGCCUUUUAAGAGUUUGCCUUCAGGACACCAUCCCCAAUCUCCAACUGCCCCUCACCUGAUCCUCCUCUCCCAUCACUGUUUCAUGAGCCACAGGCUCCAUGCUCCCCUACACCAUCUGCACUCCCACCCCUAUGCACAUAUAUACACGGAAAACAAUAACAGGGUGGCCAAUGGAUCCUCAAGGCGCGUAGCUGAAGGGGUCGCAUGUUGGAGAUCCCACGCAGGGCUCCCCGGUUUUUACUUCUGGUAUGGGUGUGUAAAGUCUGGUCCGCUUUAAAGUCAAGUGUCCCUGCAGGUGGACUCGCAGAGCACUGGAAGCCCCACAAGAGAACAACUCGGAUGUUCGGUCCAAUCCCAACAUGGGCACCGGUUUGUACUACAGGACUAAUUGGGAUUUUAGGGAGUCAAGAAUUGCAACACUCAUUUAGGAAAGUCAGAUGGACAGUCUACCAAACUGAACUGCGCCAUUAAGAAAAUCACUGCCAUGGAUUCACAAGUUGUUUGAAGAACGGAGGGGAAGUAGCUGUCAAUACAGCCGCAAAAGCAUACAACAGACUUAGUCUUAUCCAGCGGGUCUGUGUAUAACUGGAGAAUCAUUAUGAUGGGACUAGAUGCCAGUUUACAUGCAGUUUAGAAACGGAUCUGCUCAAAUGUCAUCCAUAUAAUUGUCGAAACGCUCAAUGAGGAGUCAAAACUGAAUAUUGGUUGUAUCCCAUUGACGUUUCAUUUCUAAUGAUAACGUCAAGUGAAAUGUAAAUCUAUAAGAAUGUUUGGACAGUCACUUUGAAUACGUUAAUUUAAUACAUUAUUUGGUUAAGAGGUAACUGCUCUGGUUAAAGUUGCAGUAUCAGCUAUAUUAUUUUCCUAUAAUUGUUCAUGACCAUGCACGCUGCUUUCAUUGCAAAUUGUAUAUCUUAUCAUAUUUUAAAAUGUUCAUGUAUCUUCUUUCUGUGUGAUAUCGAGCACAGAAGCUUGUUUUUUCUUCAUAUGGAAAACCCUUGUAAGGUGAUUUUAGCAAAUACUACUACAGUCUUUUCACAAUGUCUUUGACUCAUGGGACGAUUCAUUUUUAAUGUUCUCCAUAUUAUUUUUUUUCUGAAACACCAAACCAUAAUCAGUUUUGUUAUAUACAAAAGGGAACAAGACUGGUUACUGGUGUACAUUUCAUAUAGUACAGAUACAGUACUAUUUAGAUUUGCCAUUGUUUUAAUAGAGGAGGGUUUAUUUUUUUAAGGAAUAAUAUAUGGGAGAGGAGCAGUUUUGCAUUAAGCCUGUAAAUUCAUUUUAUGUUUUUUACUAGAUACUUACACAGUUCUGUUGACAAUACGACAUCUGUAAAAGUCUAAUUUAAAGCUAUAACUUUGUUCUCUUACUAAGAGUACUUUGACAGAAAAAAAAAUUAAACAUAGAUCUUUGCUUUUGAGUAUUUGAUGUUUCAAGCUAGGCUCAAGCUAUACUUUUAGAGCCAGUUUUAUUUUCCCCCAACCUGCUCAUGAAUGACUAGAAGAGGAUGUUAAAUAUAGUCUAUGAUGUCAUCAAGAACCCAUAGUAUCCUUUUAAAAACUGAUGCUUUAUAGAGCGAAUUGUUGUUGGUUGAGCGCUAUCCAGUAGACGAAUUAGCAAAAUGCACUCAAAUAGAAAUUUUCCCAUAAUUCAUUACAGUCUCUCUUUAGAUUUUUUUUUCUCUCUGAAUAAAAUGGGAACCACAUUCUGUUCAAAUUUAGACUUUAGAAAUUUCAUCAGUGAGGUCAUAAAUAUUACCCAGCUUUCAGUAAGCCUGUUUUUGAUGUGAUUCUUGUCAUUGAAAGGUUACAGUCCCCUCUGAGAUCGACAGGUGUAUUAUAUAUAAUCACUUAUUCCUCCAAAAGACAAAUGCAUCAACAACAACCCCUACGUGUUUAUGACUUUCUAUUCAGUGCAUUUUAACAUUAUUUGUUACAUGUAAGGAAUCCAUGCUGUAAAUCUACUCUAUAAUUUUAGCACUUAAUGUGAAACCUGCAUUGGAGCUGCUGGGAAGGUGUCAUGUGAAUAGAAUAACCCUGAUUCUUUUAUUAUUUAAGUAGUUACGCCUUAAAGUUAUUUAAGUUGUCUACGAUGUUUUUACUGUUGUAUGUGAAGAAAUAUGGUCAUUUAUUGUAAAUAACUAGGUUUAUCUUGGGUUCUUCUCAGAAAUAUCAAUAUGUUUAUUAAAGUGUAUAGCAUGUUUGAGAACUUGA